AUGAAGCGCAAAUCUUCGAAACGCUCGAUUCUCAACAAAAAUUCGAAACAUUUGUCAAAUUCAUUAACACCAAUUAUUGAUGUAACAACAAUAUCAUCUAAUCAAGUCGAUUUAGGCAUAGGAACUGCACAUUUAGAUUCUCAUACACCAUGUUUAAAGGCAAAUUUAAUAUUAAAAAGUCAAAAAGCGCUCAAACGAGAUUUACUUCGUUGUAGUGAUCAACGACCAUCACUGCUCGGUUCACAUACAUUACAACCACCACGUAUUCAUCCUGGAUCUCAGCAAGUGCAUACAGCGAGUUCAUCAUCAUCUGAUCAUCAACAACCAAAACGUCGUCAUUCUUUAUCAAUGAAUUCACGUACAUUUUAUGCAACAAUCGAUCGUAUAGGACCAUGGCCAGAUGUAUCAAUAAGUCGUUUACGUUCGGAUGGAAAUGAAUUAUUACGACCAUUGAAAAAUUUUCGUAAUUUAAAAAAUCCUCGUGUUUUUUCACCAAAAUACUAUGCCGGAUUAAAUGAAGCUACAAGUAAAUUUAUAUUUUAUUCAUCAACACGAAGUUAUAUUGAUGAAUAUCGAAAACAAAAAGGUUAUGUACUUGGUACACAGAAAACAUCACAAGUUAAUUCUCUAGUAUCAUCAACACCAUUAUCAAUACAACAAUCAGAUGAGGAUCAACUUUCUGGUAUGGGUGCAUUUAGUAGUGCUGUAGCUGUUGACUUAAAUAAUAGUACGAUUAGAGAAGAUAAAACACUUAUAUCAACUACAGAAUUAUCAAUACCAAAUAAUGGAUUUACAAAAUCAGCCAGUGAUUCACUUGAAUUUACUAGUACACCCCCAUCAAUUCCAUCAGUCACAAAAGUUUUUAAUGAUCCACGUCAUGUAAAUAAUUUUCCAACGAUAACUAUGCGUAAUGGUCAUCUUCGACCAACUCGUCAUCCACCUCAUCAUACUAUUGUUACUCAACAAGCUAUUGCAUUACCAUCAUUAAAUGGUUCAUCACUUCAUUAUAUAAGUAGUAUGAAUUCAAUUGAAAAAGCUUAUUCAAAUAGUAAGAAAACAUCAACACAAAAUCAAUCAAAAUUAUUUUUUAUUGACAGACGUCAUAGAAAAAGGAUUUCAAAUGGUGUUAAUAGUGAUAGUGAGAUUUUGUCUCGUUCACAAGAUCAUUCUGAACUUCAAGCUACCGGUGCUUCAUUAGGAACAUCUCCACAACGAUCAACAGCUGUAGUGGUUUAUCAAUUACCUCAUCAACCAUCCUCAAUUACUAUUUGUCAAAAUGAUGUUAAAUCAUUGAGUUAG